AUGAAUGUCCAACAACAAAUCGUUGAUACAUUUUAUUUGAAGACGAAGGAUUACUUCCUUUUCGAUAUAUUCGUUCUUAAUCCAAACGAUAUAGUUGCUGGACAAAGGUAUAGUAUUGAUAUCUUUAUGGAUCAAACCGACCAAUACGAUUAUCUUAUUCAACGAUGCAGUUAUAAUAAUAAAUAUUAUUUUAUCGAUGAUAACAGUUGCCUUAUUGUAAACGAAUAUUUCAUACAAAAGUGGGAAACUGAUCACUAUUAUGAAUAUCCUGGAUCAAUUAAGAGGACAAUAAUACAUUUUAUAGCUCCAGAAGAACUCAGUUAUCUUCAUUGUCAAAUUAAACACAUUCAAUGUUGUGGAUGUGCUGAGCGUGCAUGCGAGUUCAACAUUCUUCCAUUACUCGAGAAUUAUCACUAUAAUAAUAUAAAUAUUGAAAUGAUCGGAAAUUCUCAUCCAUUUAUCUACAAUGAUUUAAGUAUAUUUGAAAGAUUAUGAAAAAAACGUGAUUCGAUAAAAGAUUUUGGUAAUAUUAACGAUAAUGAAGAUAAUAGAAAAAUUGAUAAUUUUAAUACGAUGACAACUGCACCAAAUGUAAGUCCAUCACAUACGGCUGAAUUAAUUAGAAAUGGUCGUGGGACACCAUUUUCUGGAAAAAAAGUUAUCAUAAAUGAUAAUAGUGGAAUGACAACAAUACCAAGUGGUAGUGAUAAUCGAAUAAGGCAACCUGAAAAUCACAUAAUAAAUAGACAAAAGAUGUAUUCAAAAGAGAGAAGUUAUAAUAUAAGCGAUAACCGAGGAGAAAUAAUCGAAGAAGGUAUUGAUCAUGCAAAAUUUGGUUUUAAUGCUACAAAUGUUUAA